AAAGUGGGUAAUUCGAUAUAACUUGUCAAAGAUAUAUGUAAUAGACAAUUUUGUGGAGUUACGAUGUCACUAAAAAUAUAGCGGUAGUCAAGAAGCACGUCUAUUUAUUUCUCCCUAUUUGACGAUAGUUUAGUGGCGUACGAGUUCGGGAUAUUUAAAAAAAAUAAAAUAAAAGUGAAAAUGGCGUGCGGAAAAUUAAAUGAGUUUGACAUUAAUUCCGGUAACUGGACAUUAUACGUGGAAAGGUUAGAAAUGUAUUUAAAAGUGAACAAAGUGGAAAAGGACUUAUGGCUGCCUACUUUAAUUACCGCGAUCGGUGACCAAGCAUAUGAAUUGCUUAGCAGUUUGGCGAGUCCGUUAAAACCAGCGCAAUUAACGUAUGAUGCGGCGGUUGCAUUAUUACAUAAUCAUUUGCAACCUCGGCCGUCCGUAAUGGCGGAACGUUAUCGCUUCCGACAAAGAAGACAAAGGAACGAUGAAUCUGUGGCGCAGUACGUAACAGAAUUAAAAAAAUUGUCAAAAUAUUGUGAAUUUACAAAUAAUCUAGAAGAAAAUUUGCGUGAUCAAUUAGUGUGUGGAUUACGGAGUGACGUCACAAGGCAGAGGUUAUUCGCUGAGGAUAAUUUAAAUUAUAACGGCGCGUUGAAGUUGGCAUGUGCCCUAGAAGCAGCUGAACGGGAUGCUGCGGUGGUGGAGGGCUCGAAGGUAGCCUCUGUAGAAGGGGUUCACGUGAUGAUGGGCCAUGGAUCAAAGGAGCCUGAAACAAGGCAAAGUGGGCCGAAGCAGCAUGGACCUAGGCACCCUGUCCCAAGUGAGUGGACACGGGAGGUGGACAAAAACUGUUCGACGUGCGGGAAGGCAGGCCAUAAUAACAAGGUUUGCCGCUAUAAAGGUUUUACAUGUCGGAUAUGUAAGAAAAAAGGACAUCUGCAACGGGUUUGUCCGAGGUCUGGAAGCCCUAGAAGAGGAAAGAAAGUCAAUCAUGUGGCUGCUUCUGAUCGAUCGGACGGUGAUAGCAGUUCGGAAGACAUGGAAGAGGAGUUGCAUCAACUCAGCCUAAAUAGUUAUAAGCCGUGGCGGGCUGGGGUGCUUCACGGGCGGCAAGGCUCAGUUGCGAGUGCGGGAUGGAGCGACCCCAGUGUUCUGUCGCGCGAGGCCGUUACCUUACGCGCUGAAGGGUCAAGUGGAGGCGGAAUUAGAUAAAAUGCUGCGAGACGGCAUCAUUGAACCGGUGAACAGUUCGGACUGGGCAACUCCGUUAGUACCGGUACGUAAAAGUGAUGGAGGAUUACGUUUAUGCGCGGAUUAUAAAAUUACAAUUAAUCCCGUCUUACUGAUCGAUAGGUAUCCUUUACCGAAAAUUGAGGACUUAUUAGUUAGUUUGAAUGGAGCUCAAUUGUUUUCGAAAAUCGACUUAUCGCAAGCCUACAACCAAAUCGAAUUAGAUAGUUCUAAGGACUUGACAGUUAUUAAUACACAUAGGGGGUUAUUUAAGUAUAAUAGGUUGGUAUUUGGGCUGUCAUCUAGUCCGGGGAUUUUUCAACGUAUAAUGUCCCAGUUGCUUGGUGAUAUUCCUGGAGUAGAAGUAUUUCUGGACGAUGUCAUAAUUGGAACCAAGGGGGGUCGCGAGGAGCAUUUAGCUACACUCGAAAAAGUUUUUUAUAAAUUGCAAUCUCACGGUAUGAAAUUAAAAAAAAAAAAAUGUUCAUUUUUAGUAGAAGAAGUUAAGUAUUUGGGCUAUGUAAUAUCUAAAGAGGGUGUUAAGGUAGAUAAGGAUAAAAUUGAAGCCAUUGUUCGAAUUCCACGUCCAAAAGAUGUAUCCGAGCUAAGGUCAUUUUUGGGCUUAGUUAAUUUUUAUGCUAAAUUUGUUAAAAACAUAAGUCAAAUUUUGUAUCCGUUAUAUAAAUUAUUAAAAAAAGGAAUAGGGUGGAAAUGGUCAAAUGGUUGCGAAGAAGCGUUUAUUAAAAUUAAAAAAAUUUUAACGAGUACGAAAGUCUUAGCCCACUACGAUGCGCAAAAACCAUUAAGUCUAACUUGUGACGCGAGCUCAAGAGGCAUCGGCGGCGUCCUCGCCCAACCGGAGCCGGGGGGCGCCGAGCGGCCGGUAGUGUACGUAUCGCGCGCGCUAACAGAGACCGAGACGCAUUAUUCACAGAUCGAUCGUGAGGCGCUUGCAAUUGUAUUUUGUUUAAAAAAAUUACAUCAA